CACGGCGGUGCAGAGCGAACAGGGCGAGGCGGGCGGGGGCGGCUCCCCACGCCGCCUCGGCCUCCUGGGCAGCCCCCUGCCGCCGGGCGCGCCCCUCCCUGGGCUGGGCUCCGGCUCGGGCUCCGCCUGCGGCCAGCGCUCCUCGGCCGCGCACAAGCGCUACCGCCGCCUGCAGAACUGGGUCUACAACGUGCUGGAGCGGCCCCGCGGCUGGGCCUUCGUCUACCACGUCUUCAUAUUUUUGCUGGUCUUCAGUUGCCUGGUGCUGUCUGUGCUGUCCACUAUUCAGGAGCACCAGGAACUUGCCAACGAGUGUCUCCUCAUCUUGGAAUUCGUGAUGAUCGUGGUGUUCGGCCUGGAGUACAUCGUCCGGGUCUGGUCCGCCGGCUGCUGCUGCCGCUACCGAGGAUGGCAGGGUCGCUUCCGCUUUGCCAGAAAGCCCUUCUGUGUCAUCGACUUCAUCGUGUUUGUGGCCUCGGUGGCCGUCAUCGCCGCGGGCACCCAGGGCAACAUCUUCGCUACGUCUGCGCUGCGCAGCAUGCGCUUCCUGCAGAUCCUGCGCAUGGUGCGCAUGGACCGCCGCGGCGGCACCUGGAAGCUGCUGGGCUCAGUGGUCUAUGCUCACAGCAAGGAACUGAUCACUGCCUGGUACAUCGGGUUCCUGGUGCUCAUCUUCGCCUCCUUCCUGGUCUACCUGGCCGAGAAGGACGCCAACUCCGACUUCUCCUCCUAUGCCGACUCGCUCUGGUGGGGGACGAUUACAUUGACAACCAUCGGCUAUGGUGACAAGACACCGCACACAUGGCUGGGCAGGGUCCUGGCUGCUGGCUUCGCCUUACUGGGCAUCUCUUUCUUUGCCCUGCCUGCCGGCAUCCUAGGCUCCGGCUUCGCCCUGAAGGUCCAGGAGCAGCACCGGCAGAAACACUUCGAGAAACGGAGGAUGCCGGCAGCCAACCUCAUCCAGGCUGCAUGGCGCCUGUACUCCACUGAUAUGAGCCGGGCCUACCUGACAGCCACCUGGUACUACUAUGACAGUAUCCUCCCAUCCUUCAGAGAGCUGGCCCUCUUGUUUGAGCACGUGCAACGGGCCCGCAAUGGGGGCCUACGGCCCCUGGAGGUGCGGCGGGCGCCGGUACCUGACGGAACACCCUCCCGUUACCCGCCCGUUGCCACCUGCCACCGGCCGGGCAGCACCUCCUUCUGCCCUGGGGAAAGCAGCCGGAUGGGCAUCAAAGACCGCAUCCGCAUGGGCAGCUCCCAGCGGCGGACGGGUCCUUCCAAGCAGCAUCUGGCACCUCCAACAAUGCCCACCUCCCCGAGCAGUGAGCAGGUUGGUGAGGCCGGCAGCCCCACCAAGGUGCAGAAGAGCUGGAGCUUCAAUGACCGCACCCGCUUCCGGGCAUCUCUGAGACUCAAACCCCGAACCUCUGCUGAGGAGGCCCCCUCAGAGGAAGUAGCAGAGGAGAAGGGCUACCAGUGUGAGCUCACGGUGGAUGACGUCAUGCCUGCUGUGAAGACAGUCAUCCGCUCCGUCAGGAUUCUCAAGUUCCUGGUGGCCAAAAGGAAAUUCAAGGAGACACUGCGACCAUACGACGUGAAGGACGUCAUUGAGCAGUACUCAGCAGGCCACCUGGACAUGCUGGGCCGGAUCAAGAGCCUGCAAACUCGGGUGGACCAAAUUGUGGGUCGGGGGCCCGGGGACCGGAAGGCCCGGGAGAAGGGCGACAAGGGGCCCUCCGACGCGGAGAUGGUGGAUGAAAUCAGCAUGAUGGGACGCGUCGUCAAGGUGGAGAAGCAGGUGCAGUCCAUCGAGCACAAGCUGGACCUGCUGUUGGGCUUCUAUUCGCGCUGCCUGCGCUCUGGCACCUCGGCCAGCCUGGGCACCGUGCAAGUGCCGCUGUUCGACCCCGACAUCACCUCCGACUACCACAGCCCUGUGGACCACGAGGACAUCUCCGUCUCCGCACAGACGCUCAGCAUCUCCCGCUCGGUCAGCACCAACAUGGACUAAGGGACUUCUCAGGGGCAGAGCAGCACCCGGCCAGCCCCGCGGCCUGGCGCUCCGACCGCCCUCUGAGGCUUCCGGACUCCUCUCGUACUUGAACUCACUCCCUCUCGGGGAGAAAGGCCACAUGCAGUAUUGAGCUGCCUGGGUGGGCAUGGUACCUGCUGUGGG